CUCUCUUCCCUCUACUUCUCACCAAACAAAUCAAGAUCUCUCAAAGAAGUUUCACAUUGAAGAUGAUUACUUCUAAAUUGCUUCUUCUUGCGCUGCUAGGUGCUCUAGUUUGCACCUCUGCCUACGCUAGGGUGCUUUCGGGUGAGAAGGCGUCCUUUGAAGAGGAGAAAACCUUCUUCGGCCAUCCCAGAUACGGUGGCGGCCUGGGUGGUGGAGGGGGUGGUGGCUUUGGAGGCGGUGGAGGAGGAGGAUUGGGUGGCGGUGCUGGUGCAGGCGGGGGAGCUGGCUAUGGUGGAGGAGCUGGUGCAGGUGGGGGACUUGGAGGCGGAGGCGGUCUAGGGGGAGGUGGUGGAGGAGGUUAUGGAGGCGGCGGUGGUGGAGGAUUAGGUGGUGGAUAUGGUGGGGGAGCUGGUGGUGGAUAUGGCGGUGGGGUUGGUGCUGGCGGUGGGAUAGGUGGUGGAGCUGGAGGAGGUGGCGGUGGAGGGUUCGGUGGAGGCGGCGGUGGUGGGCUUGGUGGCGGAGCUGGAAAAGGGUUUGGCGGAGGAGCUGGUGCUGGUGGAGGGUAUGGUGGUGGGUUCCCUUGAAGAUUGAGAACCCAAUAUAAAGAUGUGUCCUUCCAAACGAUUACUCUAUGUUUGCCUUAUCUAAUGCUUAAAAUGUUAAGGCACGUGCGGCCAGAAAGAAGUGUGUUUGGGUCUCUUUUGCAUCUAAAGUUUGAUAUUUAUGUCUCAAUAAGCUUUUUCCAGCAAAUCAAUGUAAAAGACGUGCAUUUCGUAGUAAUCAUAUGUUUUGUUUAUGCAGA